CGUUUCCCCCUCACCGUCCUCCUUCCCCAUUACCCACCUUGACAGACGUCAUCUAUCUAGACUAGUGGAAGUAACUCCCAUUCUCAUGCUCCAUUCCAUCCGUCGAUCAAAGAACACGCCAGCACGCUUACGACACGCAUCCACCAGACGAGUAGAGGGUCGAGAGAGGAUGGCAGCAGAAACGUAUCCGAUCGGCACGCGCGGCGAGUGCGAGCGUCUUGUGCGGGACUGGGGGUUCAGGAAUGUGUUUACGUGGUCGGAUGGAAGUAACGCCCACUACCCCCCACACAGACACGGUGGGCUCACGACCCAUCUUAUUAUCCGGGGGAGCAUGACUGUCACGUAUCCCGAGGAUAAUGCCUCGCUGCAUGGCGGGGAGGUAAAGAAGGAGACGCAUGGUGUUGGGGCUAGGGUGGAUGUGCCGGCGGGUAAGUUGCAUGAGGUGUGGAUGGGGGAUGGUGGGUGUGAGUAUGUUAUUGGGGAGUAGUUACUUUGUGCUUCAAUGAUGAGAUGAUUUAUUUUGGGAUACGCUUAAUGUUCAUAGGGAA